GGCCACCUCCAUCUCUUCCCUCCCUCUCAUCAUCUCGAGAGCUAGUGCUUGUCGUGGUUCCUCUCCUUUUCAAGUCGCCAUUCCAAUUUGCCAUCCCCGCCUCCCAUUUGACUCGCUCACUCCAUGAGAGGAGAGAAGAAGCCUUCGUGGUGCUGCUAAUAUUGGCGUACCGAAUCCAUUCACAAAUAUUAAGAAGCGAGCGCCUGCGGCCAUUACCCACAUCCUAUCUCUAGAUGGACCCUUGCCCCUUCGUCCGAGUCCUCGUCGGCAACCUAGCCCUCAAGUCUCCCGUCGCCGCCCGCCCCGCUGGCGGCGCCGGCGUACACCCCUCCGCCCACCCCUGCUUUGCCACCGUCCGCCUCGACAAGCACCCCUCCCGCCACACCGUCCCCGUGCCCCUCCUCCCCCCGGACCACGCCGACGCCAACCCGCCCGCCGCCGCAGCCUCCCUCGCCGCCGGCUUCCACCUCUCCAAGGCCGACCUCGACCGCAUCGCUGGGAGAUCCCUCUUCUCCGCCGCCUCCGCCUCCGGCGCUGGGACGGCGAAGCUGAAGGUCGCGAUCUACUCGGGCCGCAUGGGGACCACGUGCGGGGUGAGGUCCGGGAGGCUCCUGGGGAAGGUCUCCCUGCCGCUGGAUCUCAGGGAGGCGGCGGAGGGCACGGCGGUGGUGUUCCACAGCGGGUGGAUCGGCCUUGGGAAGGGGGCGGCCAAGGCGCAGAUGUACCUGACGGUGAAGGCGGAGGCGGAACCGAGGUUCGUCUUCGAGUUCGACGGCGAGCCGGAGUGCAGCCCGCAGGUGUUCCAGGUCCAGGGCAACAGGAGGCAGCCCGUCUUCACCUGCAGCUUUAGCUGCCGCCACAACUUCGGCGACUGGAACUGGAGAUCAAGGUCGACGCAGUCGGAGCCGAGCAGUCCGCGGAGGUGGCGUUCGUCCUUCGGGUCAGAGCGGGAGCGCCCCGGUAAGGAACGCAAGGGGUGGUCCGUCAAGGUCCACGACCUCUCAGGCUCGCCCGUUGCCCUCGCCUCCAUGGUCACCCCCUUCGUCGCCUCCCCGGGCACCGACCGGGUAAGCCGCUCCAACCCCGGCGCAUGGCUCAUCCUUCGCCCCGUCGACGGUACCUGGCAGCCCUGGGGCCGCCUCGAGGCCUGGCGCGAGCGCGGCGGCCCUGCCGGCGACGGCCUCGGCUACCGCUUCGAGCUCCUCCCGGACACCGCCGUGGGCCCCGGCGUCAGCCUCGCCGAGUCCACCAUCAGCGCCUCCAAGGGCGGCAAGUUCGCCAUCGAUCUCACCGGCGCGGGCGGCAACCCCCUCGCGCGGACAUCGUCCUCGUCGGGGCGCGGCGGCAAGCUGGGGCGCGGGCUGUCGCUGUCGCCGUCGCCGUCGCCGGCCUACCGCGGCUUCGUGAUGUCGUCGACGGUGAUCGGCGAGGGCCGGAGCGGCCGCCCUGCGGUGGAGGUCGGGGUGCAGCACGUGGGGUGCGCGGAGGACGCGGCGGCCUUCGUCGCGCUCGCCGCGGCCGUCGAUCUCAGCAUGGACGCCUGCCGUCUCUUCUCGCACAAGCUCCGCAGGGGGCUGUCAUCACCUGCCUUGCUGCGGUGAUCCUCCGCCGUCCGAUCAAGAUUGAUUACCACCACCACAGUUUCUCGCAGAGAUCUCUUUUUCUGCUUGAUGUUUUUGCCAUUGUACAAAUGUAGCGUGCGUGAUUGCUUUAGGGAUUUUUGUUGAUUCAUUCAAUUUGUCAUUGUAUGGUUGAUCUAAUAUUGAUCCGUUAGUCUACUGCCCAAGAGAGAGGGUUAUCGGUCGAAGUAGGUCGUAGUUUUUGCUGCUUCUUUUCUGUUUUUUGAAGUAGCUUUUGCUUGUUGGAGGAAUGGAUUGGAGUAGAGAUUAUUUGAUUUUUUUUGUU